UGUAUAAGCGCUUUUUAAUUUUUUUUACCUUUUUUGGUUUCAGAAAAAAAUGCUGCCUUCGAUUAAGACAUGUCAUUCGUAUAUUGCUAUUGUGUCUUUUGAUUCUGUUCCUAUUUAAUUCGAAGUUUGGGAACGUUUUUAAAGUCAAAACACAAUAUAACAGAUCAUUUACAUUUGAUUGGAACAGAUAUUUGGAAAAGAUCAAAGGAAUAAAUAUUUCACAUGAAAAUUAUGUUUACGAUAAAAUGGAUGCUGCAGAAGAUCUUGAAGGCAACUUCGUUCCAAAUACUGUGUACUUUUCAUGGUGUAAACGAUACACUAUUCCUUUCAAUGUUUAUAUCAGUAUCCUCACGAUAUGGAGAACAUUAAAACCGGAUAUCAUAGUUCUCACGACCAUUUAUGAUGAUAUCGAAUCUGUUAUCAAAACCGAUGAAAAGCCUGACCCUUCCCUUCGUCGGGAAAAAUAUAAUGAUUAUAAUAUGUGGUUAGGACUACUUAAGAAUGCUAUACCAGGUCUUUAUGUGUUAACCGUAGAUCCAACUCCUGACCGUGACGGUGAGUGUACUCUGGGAUACAUAUUUCAAGAACUUCAAGAUAAAGGUGGUAUUUAUUUCUCCAAUAAUGUUUUUCUUACAUCUUCACUGCGGUCAUUUAGGAAACAAAGAUUCUCAUUGGCAUUUGACAACAUGAAGAAACUGAGUUUUAUGUUUACAGAAAGAGGAAGCACUGAAUUCAUAAGGUUUAAAAACCGUUAUUUGCUAGAACAAAGUAAUUAUUUUGUCAACAAUAGCAUAAAGUGUGCAGAUGUAAACACUUACACUGGUAGAAAUUCACUAUGUUUAAUCGUACCAAAGUUAAAUCCAGUAGACGUAAUUAAUUCAAUAUCACCGUUUGCUCAUUUAGCAAAACGAAUAUUGUACGAACAUUCUGACAUUGAUGCAAAGACUCAUUCUGAAAGUGUAACACUAAAGAUUGUCCACAUGAUAUGGUAUGGAACAAGUAAUCUACUAUUUCAAAACUACUUAAGUCUUAGAAGUGUUCUUACUAUUCUUAAUCCCGAAAAACUAUACAUACAUGGUGAUGUUAUACUUACUGGGUAUUAUAUGCAAAAUAUAUCAAAAGAUCCACGUGUUAUUUUUGUCUACAGACAUAAGCCGCAGUAUGUUUAUGGAAAUAAAAUUAAAUUCGUGGCUGCAGCUAGUGACGUCACAAGAUGUGACAUUUUACUACGAUAUGGUGGAAUUUACACAGAUUGGGAUGUUAUGUGGGUGAAGCCUGUUGAUGAUUUAAUAAUGAAAGGUUAUGGUGCCGUUGUCUCUUUCGAUAUCAUACCUUGGACAUAUUAUCCAAACACAAUUCAAGCCGGAGUUAUGAUGGCAAAACCCAAAAGCGACUUCAUUGAACAUUGGCAAGAAAAUCUCAAAAAUUUUCAGACUAACAGUUGGCAUUUCAAUGCUUUAUUCUCAACUUAUAAAGUAUAUGAACAAUUUCCUGAUUCUGUUCAUAUCGAACCACGACUUCAAGUUGUCUGUCAUACAAAAAAUAGAACCUGCUAUCCGUCGUUCAAAGAGAAUUUCAAAACCCAAGCAAAGAAAUUCGAUUGGAUUUUGGAUGACGUUUACAGUGUACAUAUUCCUUGGCCUGAACCUUUUCCAGGAUUAGAGAGUCGCGCGGGUAUUAUGCGAGGUAACGAUAUGUUUGCCGAUAUAGGACGUUACAUUCUUCAACAAAAGUACAAAUACGAUGAUGAAAGUAACAGUUAAAAAAAAAAGAGAAACAUUGUAAA